ACUUGGAAUCUCGGUCUAUACGGCCUGAAACACAAUGAACUCGCUGUACACAGCAGGCGUGCGGCAGACGAGCUCGCUACAAUCUGACCUGGAAAGGCUGAGAAGCGGGGAUACCAGUGCUGCUCUGUUAGGACAGAUCUCUGCAUCGUUGGCGGCCUUCAACCGCACAAUUGAAGAUUACGAUGCCAUGACCAAACGCGAGAUGAUUAAAGCAAAGCAAGAGAAGGCACAAAUGCGCGUGUCAAAGUUUCGCUCAGACUAUCUCGAAUUGCGAGGGCAGUUCGAAAAGUACAAAGGGGAGGCCACGGCAGCGGCCACCGCAGCACAGCGGUCAGAACUUAUCUCAGCUUCAGGGACACCCAUUUCACCCUCCGAUGCACGACGGCGAUUCCAAACCACAUACCCACCGUCACAAUCAACAUUGCACCCUGGCCUCCGACCGCAGCCAGGCGAAACGGUAGCGGAAUCGCCAUUCCGGACACCAAGUGUCCAAGGUUUUUCUGCGCGGGAUGCUCAUGCUUUGGAUGAACACACGUUCAUUCAGAAUACGAGUGACAGACUGGAUGAGUUCUUGGCACAGGGACGGGAAGUGUUGGACAAUCUCGUUGACCAACGGCAGAUGCUCAAGGGUACCCAGAAGCGACUGCUUGAUGCUGCCAAUACACUUGGACUGAGCAGGGAUGUGAUUGGCUGGAUUGAAAAACGAAGCACGCAGGACAUGUUCAUCUUCAUCUUUGGUGCAAUCUUCACGUUCAUUUGUUUCGGACUGAUUUGGUAUUACCUUGGUUAG